AUGAUUUCGCAACACAUACAAUCCGAACAACGGUUUAUUGUAUUGCAAAAUAUGGUAUAUUUAUAAAUAAUUAAAUCUCUUGUUUCAGGUGACGCUCAAAAUCUCUACCACAAGUCGGAGUCACUCGAGGUGCUUCGUGUGCAAGCGUCCGGGACCAAAACUUAUUAGCUUGUCGGCAGAGGGGCGAGUCAAAGCUUUUAUUGAGCACAACAUUCUGAUCAACGUAGAUGCCAGAUGCUGUCCUGGUCAUACUUCUGAUGGGUUUAUUUUACCAAUAGCAGUGAGUACAAUACAUUCAGUGUCCAGCCAGUCCCUACUGAGUCGUUCAGCCAUAAACGACUUACUUCAAAAAAUGCGAAUGGCGUGUACCGCUCAGCAAUCAUCAUUGAGUUUUGAUAGAUUAAACGAAAGUGACUACCCCUCAUUAACGGGCCUAUCUAGAGAGCAGUUUGAUGAUGUUUGUCAACACUUAUCUGAUAAAGUUAAAAACACGCCUGUAAGGUCUGCUAGAACGAGUAUUGGACUGCUCCUUGUCAAACUGUAUUCUGGAAUGUCAAACAAGCUACUGGCAACCAUAUUUGGCAUAACUAAGUCCAGUGUCAGAAGAGCAGUAUCAACCGUUCGACAAGCUUUUAUGAGGGGCUUUGUGCCUCUUUAUUUAGGUAUUGAGGCAUUAACUAGGGACGAAAUCAUCUCUCAGCAUACGCGUCCAUUAGCAAAGUCAUUGUUUGGAGCUGAGAACAGCCUGAUUCUUGUGUUGGAUGGGACAUAUAUCUACAUUAAUAAGUCCAACAACUUUGCGUUCCAGAGACGCACAUACAGUCUACACAAAGGACGUUCAUUGAUAAAACCCAUGGUCAUAGUAACCACAACUGGACACUUUGUGGCAAUUAUUGGCCCAUAUUUGGCAGAUUACAAGAACAAUGAUGCCGCUAUUCUCAAUCACAUGCUUAGAUGUAACAUUGAUAACUUUAAGGAUUUACUACAAGAGGGAGACGUGUUUAUUGUUAAUCGAGGGUUUCGGGACUCCCUUGAACUACUAGCUGACCUCGGGAUCCAAGCAGAGAUGCCCACCCUGUUGUCAAAAGGACAAAAGCAGAUGUCCACAGAAGACGCAAACACAAGUCGGCUCGUGACAAAAAUCCGAUGGGUUGUGGAAUCUGCAAAUGCACGGAUAAAGCGUUUCAGGUAUCUUGAUCAUGUUAUGCCAAACAGCCAGAUUCCUUACAUUGGGGAUUUUGUGCGAAUUGUAUGCGCGUUAUCCAACAAAUACAUGCCACCUUUGAGUUCUCCUGCUUCAGUAGAAAAAGAUGAGGCCAUUGCUGCCAAGAUGCUUGCCCAGUGUGGUAAGGUUAACACAUUGAAACAGAUGGUAGAAGAAAAAAAACUGCCUAAACGGGGAAAAUGUUGGAAGCAAGCUGAUGAAAUAUCUUUAGAAGGCUUCCCCAGGAUAAGCGAGGAACAACUACGGGAGCUUACUCUUGGUGUUUAUCAGCUACGACUUAGCUCAAGCUACAUCCAAGAACACCUAGACGGCAACUGUGAUUUAUACUUCUUUGCGGAGGAUCCGUCUCUUUUGUGUGUUAAAAUGCAAAGCCGGCAUGUAAGCAGCCGAAACUACAUGCUGUGGAUUCGCUACACAAAUGAUAACAUCGACGCAUGGUACUGUCUUUGUCGGGCAGGUGCACGUGUUGUUGGAAUGUGCUCCCACGUCUCUGCCAUUAUAUGGUACCUGGCAUACAAACGGUACGAGGAUGGUUCAUCGGUCGGAGUGAGAAAUUGGGGCGACCAUCUCGCUGAUGCAGCGGUGUUUGAAAUAGAUGGCGACUCAACACAGAGUGAAAGUGAACUUUAGAUAAAAAAGUAAUAGGAACAAUGUUAAAUCUAACAUAUUGAAUGUAGAUUUUCUUAGUCUUCAAAUCUGAAAUGAUGAACAUAUGUGCCAUUUAUGUAUAAACAUUUAUUAAGA